AUGCGUUUAUCUCCAUGCCCAUCUCCAUGCCCAUCUCCAUGCUCAUCUCCAUGCCCAUCUCCAUGCCCAUCUCCCCACUCCUCCCUCCGCCACUCCGUCUUGCCUCACCACGCCAUCCCCCAUUUCCCCCAUUACGGCAACGCUUUCCCUCCACUGCACCCACAGUAUGCCCGUUGGGUGCCAGACCAGGGUGCAAAGGGCGCUGGGGGGGAAGGGGAGCAGGAGGGCAGUGGAGGGGAGGUGGUAUCUGCACCAAGGGCGGAUGCGGAGCAGGUGGCAACUGCCACAACGCUCAUGCGCUACAUGCACCUCAAGGACUUCAGCCCACUCAACAUCCUCAACCCUGGUGGGUCUGCGUAUUUGCAUGCAUGCAUGGGUGGGCAGAGCAGAGCAGCGCUCAUGCGCUACACGCACCUCAAGGGCUUCACGCCUCUUGACAUCCUCAACCCUGUCAUCCAGACGCACUACUCCAUGCUGGAGGCCAUAGCGCUGGACCUGCCAGAGGUGCAGCCUGUGGUGGAUACCACUCAUACCCUCACACUCCUCUCCCUGCUUCCUGCUCCAUCCUCCUUGCCCCUCCCUUCCUCCAUGCCAGUCAUCCAGACGCACUACUCCAUGCUGGAGGCCAUAGCCCUAGACCUGCCAGAGGUGCAGCCUGUGGUGGAUACGACCUUGCCGGAUUACAACAUCUUCCAGCCCCCACUCUCCGACACCAACCAGCCUCCAAAAAAAGGGAAAGCUGCUCGUGCAACUGCGGCUUUAAGGCAUUUCAAGGACGCAGUAUAUGGCCCGGGGCAUGAUGAGGAGGAGGCGCAAAGAACAGCUGCAGCUCGAGCCAAGGCAGAUGCUGCUGAGAAGAAACGCAAGGCCACUUACGAUGCCGCUACCGCCAAGGCCGGUGUUGUGGAUUGGCGGGGUCUCGCUGAGAAAGGGAAGGUGAGUUAA